UUUUGCUUUUCUUUAUCUUCUUUUUGUUUAUUAUUAUGGACAAUCAACAGCAAAAAGGAUAUUAUCCCCCACCACAGCAGCCUCCUCAAUAUUAUACACCUCCACCUCAAGCACAAGGUUAUUAUAAUCAACAAUCUUAUGGCGGAGGUCAACAACAGCCUUAUUAUCAACCACAGCCACAGCCACAAACAAUUUAUGUUCAACAGCAACCACAACAUAAGGAUGAUAAUGGCAUGUGUUUAGGAUGUUUGGCUGCAAUGUGUUUCUGUUGUGCUUUAGAUGCUAUAUUUUAAUAAUUAUAAUAACAUUUUAUCGGUAUCUCUUUUUUCUCUCUCUGUGUGUGUGUAUGUAUGUAUGUGCAUGUCUUCUUAACUGCCUACGUACAUGCGUAUGUAUAUAUAUAUAUAUUUAUAUAUCAAUAUAUGAAAUGCUUAUAUAUGACAAUAAACAAGAAUCAUUUUU